AAACGUUCAACAUGGCGGACCAGGUUCGGGGAUUCGAUGCCUGGGACUAUGUAGUAUUUGGCGCCAUGCUAUUUAUAAGUGCAGCAAUUGGUGUGUAUUAUGCCUUGGUUGGAAGUAAACAGAAAAGUACGAAGGAAUUUCUACUGGCGAGUAGUGGCAUGGGAGUACUCCCUGUGGCUUUGUCCAUCCUUCUCUCCUUCAUGUCAGCCAUCUUGGUUCUCGGAAACCCAGCGGAGAUGUACACAGAAGGAACCCAGUUUUACACUAGAGUGAUAGGGAGUCUCGGAUGCGCAAUCGCGUCCGUUAUUUUUGUCCCUCUCUUCUACUCACUGCAUACAACAAGCGUUUUUCAGUAUCUGGAGAAGCGGUUCGACUCCCGUGCCGCCAAACUGACAGGGACAUGUAUCAUGAUAAUUCAGCAGGUGUUGUACAUGGGAGUUGCAUCGUUUGCUCCAUCAACGGCUUUAGAAGCGGUGACUGGGUUUCCGACAUGGGCCACCAUCAUCACUGUAGGACUGGUGUCAACGUUCUACACCUCACUGGGUGGAAUGAAAGCAGUUGUGUGGACAGACGCAUUUCAGUCAGUGGUGAUGUUUACCGGACUACUAGCAAUAGUCAUUCAGGGAUCCAUCGUGGUUGGCGGCAUGGGAGAAGUUUGGAGAAUUAACGAAGAAUGGGGACGAAUUAAUUUCUUUAACUUUGAUCCAGAUCCCACUGUCCGCCAUUCCUUCUGGUCACUGGUCAUUGGUGGGAUGAUAUCUUGGACAUCGACGUACGGGGUCAACCAGGCCAGUGUCCAGCGCUACUGUGCACUGCCAACACUGCAGAAGGCCAAACUGUCGGUGAUGCUGAAUGUAAUUGGUAUCUUCAUUCUGUUCACCAUCGUGAGUCUAGCCGGAAUCAUUGUCUUCGCCUAUUACGCUAAAAAAGGAUGUGACCCACUGUCUGCAAAAUACGUCAGUAACUCGAACCAACUGAUACCCUACUUCGUGAUGGAGGUGCUCGGAUAUCCCGGUCUCCCAGGAUUGUUCAUCUCAUGUCUCUUUAGUGGAGCACUCAGCACGAUGUCCUCCUGUCUGAACGCCCUGGCUGCUGUGUGCUGGGAGGACUUCCUGAAGCCAGUCCUCGGGGAAAGACUGAGCGAGGGACAGAAAACACUCGUCACAAAAUUGUUGGUUCUGUUUUUCGGUGGCGCUGGUAUUGGCAUGUCUUUUAUAGCAAUGAACUUAGGAGGAACAGUUUUACAGGCAUCAUUGAGCUUCUCUGGGGCUGCCUCGGGGCCUCUGCUGGGGAUGUUUGCUCUCGGCGCCUUCUUCCCGUGGGCCAACUGGAUUGGAGCAGUGGUCGGCGGUAUUCUGGGGUUGGCGUUUCCCUUGUGGAUCAGCAUAGGAGCCUACACGGUUGUGGGAGCUCCACCUGGCCUUGACUACCCAACAUACAACUGCAGCGUCCCCAACAUCACCGACUCCAUGACAACAACAAUGUCCACCAUCAUGACAACAGCUGGAGGGACUGUCGAGUAUACUGGUAUCUCCGCUCUGUACACAGUGUCAUAUUUGUGGUACCCGGCUAUUGGAGCAGCGACAUCAAUCGUCGUUGGUCUCAUUGUAAGCGCUAUAACAGGUGUGAAUCGACUGGGUGAUGUGGACGCAAAGUAUCUGGUACCAUUCUUCGACCGACUCUUCUGCUGCCUCCCUGCUCCCAUCAGCAGGUGUCUCCGCUGUAACCAGGAGUUCAGAGACCCGGAGGAAAUAGCAUCUGAAAAGGAUGGGGAGAUUGUGGUACCAGCGUCGGGUGAUCUUGUCAGCAGUUCCAGCAGGGAGAAGUUACCCCUGGACGGGUCGGGACCUAUGCCUGUGUAUGGACUAUCAUAUAAAGAGAACAACGAAACCAAUACCGGAGUUAAAAACCCAGCUGCCGAUGUCUUCAAUGACCAGAAAGAGCAAAACGGAACACAGUUCUAAAUCUCGCUUUCCAAUAGUCUCAACGUUACCUUUUACCUAUCAUGUCAGCAUCUUCAGUCAUCAGGAAUCAUUCAUCGUCGUAGUUUUAGAUAUUCAGAAAAUAAUGAUUAUGUUCAUAACCAUUGUAUCCAGUAUAAGAAGCGCAGUGAGACAUGUAGCAAUGCAGCAACAGUUUUCAACACGGAUGUUUCAACAAGAGAGAAACCUGCAGAUCUGCCUACAUACGUGAUAUAAGUAUCACAACACACAGUCCGCUUUGUGUCUAUUGGAUAUUUCCAUCCUACAUGCCACAACUGUUGACUUACACAAAGAUAUGAGACACACUGAGAUUUCGAAUUUGGAUUUCGAAUGGCGGUGACGUUUCAUGAUGGCUGGAACUGGGUUGAUGUUUCUGCACGUGGACUGAAGUCCCCACGUUUCAUCAUAAGCUCUGCAGCAUUUAUCAAUUUCAAAAGAACUGUUCAUGCUGCCAACGUAUUUCUUAAAUGUUUUCCCAUACUUAUAAGCAGCCGAAUCUCCCACUUGUAUGUAAUUCAAGUUUAGCAUAUCGUUUGUAUUUUCUAUUUCUAAAGGUUACUGCACGGCGCCAUUUUGCUUUGUUUGUUUUUGAUUUUAGAAAGAUGUAUGGGUAAUAUGAUACAAGAAAUAGUUGGACAGAUGUUAACAGACUUUGAAAAGAAACUUUAUCUGUGCAUCACAUAUGUAUAAUGAUAUGUGUACAUGCGAAAUAAUAAAUCAUUAUGAAAC